GUUUUUUUGAGCCCUGGUGUGCUUAUUCCUUCCUUGUGGCAGCACAAAGCAGGACACAGCGGGCAUUCUUUAGCUUCUGUCUGUCAUCCAGUUUGCAACAUGCAUCGCUUGGGCUGUUAUAAAAGUCCCUUGUUAAGUAAUUGUAUUUCUCUUGCAUAAGUGUUUGCUUUCAGGAAGCUGCAGCCAAUCGGAGGCUGCAACUCAGAACUCAUUCCUAACCACCGUGAUUUCCGAAAAUAAUGCUCCGGUGCUGAUCUGCUGGAAGUUCUGUAAAAGCUCUGUAGGUUGGCUCAAGCACAGGAGACCUCAGUGCCCGUGGUGGCUGAACUACGGCAGUAAAGUGCUGCCACAGCGCUGCGCUGAGCGGAUCGUCGGUAAAAUGGACUCCAUGCCCAAGCUCAAGAUUUUUGUGAUGUUGCUGUCUCUGGCUACUUUCACAGCCAUGGUGAUACUGAAUGCUGGAAAUGCCACUGGUCUUUUCAAAGGUCUGUUCCGGACAACCCCUGGCAACAUCUCAGAGAAGUACAGCACCGACUUCACACCAGCUGGCUGGACUUUCCUCAUCUGGAAUGUCAUCUAUGCCUGGCAACUGGCGUGGCUCCUGUAUGCGCUGUCAGGGAUCUGCCGCAGAAAUGAACUUGGAUGUGUCUUCAUGAAACCAGAUUUGCUGCCAGUACCUUUUUACAUGGCAUGGAUUCUGAAUAACGGCCUCAAUGUUGGAUGGCUGUUUCUGUGGGACAGAGAAUACCUCCUCCCAGCCCUGCUGUUGUUGGCAGCCCUCACUUUUACCACGGGGGCUGCUCUCUUCAUUUCACACAGAGCCUUGAGAAUCCAUUCCACGUGGUUCGUGAAGGGCCACCAAGCUGACCUCUGGCUCAUCCGAAUCCUAGUGCAGAACGGGCUGGCACUGUAUGCCACAUGGACCACCAUCGCCACUCUGCUGAACUUUGCCGUUGUGUUGAUCUACAAGUGGGAUGUGUCCAAUGAGACAGCAACCACUGCAUCUCUGAGCAUCCUUACCCUCAUGCUUGUCAUGUGGUUUUGUCAGGAAAACUUCUUUCUUGAUAAGUACGUCCGUUAUAACCUCACUGUCUACCCAGUGGUUAUAAUAGCUCUGACUGGCAGCAUGUGCAAGGACUUCUCCAUUUCCUCCCCAACCACCAACGGUGUUUUUAUAGUUGUACUGCUGGCACUGACUUGUUUUAUCUUUGCUGUUCGGCUGGCGUUAGUCAUAAGGAAACACAGUAAUGAACUGCUGGAACCACCACCACCACAGCCAUCAAGUACAGUGGCCUGAGACCUGUGGCACGGUGAUGUUAUGACAAAUGCUUUAGAGGGAGGAGUAAGAGCUGAGCGUCCUGCAACCACUGGUCCUUCCCUCCAGUAACAAUUGCCUUUUUUUGCCUUUUUCUCUUUUUUAAUAUAUUCUGGAUUAGCACAGCUUGUGCCUGCAAACUUGUCCUCCUCCCCUAUUCUCUGAGCUCAGCUGUUUGCAGCUCCACCUCAAACAUGCACCCUCCUCUGCUCAUUUUGCUGUGGAUCAGUGGAGGAAGAGGCCCUGUAGAUGAGUAGCUCUGUAUACCUUUGUGAUGACAGAGCUGCUCCUCCCAGUGUGAGGAGGGCUGUCAGCAGAUGUUUGGCACAGAGAGUUGCCCUCACCCUUUCCUGGGAGCUAUGGUGGGCAGGGGAGGAGGGAUGGCCGAAUACUUCUGACACAGCUGCAAGUCUCCAGCCUAUUUCAGGUUGCUCUAACUCUAGAAACUGACAAUGUGCUCACAUCUCAGCACACGCUAUUAUCUCUGUCCCUCUGCCUUGUUUUUCCUUCUGACUUUCUUACUAGAGUUUGUCACUAUGUCGAUGCCUCCAUCAGUGGCCCCACAGUGACAGCAGAUCUGUGCCCCUGCCACCCACUCUUUUCAGACAGGGGAGAUCCAGGUGCUGUGGGACCAGUGGAUUGCUUUUCCUGAGCUGUGCCCGUUUGGUGGCUGCCUCCUGCAGGAAUGUGCUUUGCAACCCUUCUGCUGGGAUAUCAGCCAUCCAGAUGCCACAAAACCUGACGGAGAGUGAAGCCUGCUUCACAGACCACUUCUUGUUUUCUGAACUGGAUAGAGUGAGAUAGAGUGUAAUGUGGCUUCAACACCGUGGGCUUGCUUUGGGAAGCCUGAAUGAGAACUGACUGGAUUGCAAGACCUCUGCCUCUAUUUGCUGUGCCUGCUAGAUUUGAUGAUGCCUCCCUGGUGUCUGGAAAAUCUUCCUGGAUGCCUGAUGCUUGGAAACGCUGAAUAUCUGGCAGUAGUCUCACAAAGGUGAAUUCUACUACAAUACAAUGCUAUUGUUUACAUUUAAUGAAGAACUAAGUCUGUACUAUGUGGUUCUUGUCAUUCUAUCAUAUCUUAUUUUUAAAUAAAGCAGCUACUGCCACCGCUU